CCAACCAGCCAGUCCGCCAAAUACGCGCGAGUAGACCGCACGCUAGCGCGCGAUUUAAAAAACAAAAUUAAAAAAUUUAAUUAAAAACAAAACCGCCAUGUUGUUCGCGGCAUCUCUCGUGGUCUUGCUGGCCAGUGCUCAAGCCAAGUUCUACACGGAUUGUGGAUCAACGUUGGCGUCCGUGGCGAAAGUUGGCGUGAGCGGGUGUGAAGACUCGGCCAAGGAAUGCGUCCUGAAGAGAAAUACCAAUGCCACCAUCACUAUAGAUUUCACACCAACUGUAGCAGCCAAGGAGAUAACCACAGAAGUUCACGGAGUCAUCAUGAAUCUCCCCGUCCCGUUCCCGUUGCCGCAACCCGACGCUUGCAAGGGCAGCGGACUGACCUGCCCCCUCAAGGCCGGUGCGCAAGCAAACUACGUGACGUCAUUGCCAGUCCUCAAGUCGUAUCCCAAAGUCAAGGUCGACGUCAAAUGGGAGCUGAAGACCGACAGUGGAGACCUCGUCUGCAUCAUGAUCCCGGCCAAAAUCAAUUAAAACGAUAUUUUAACACAAUAGGUAUAAGGUGUACCCAGUAGGCCAACUUCGAACAUUUUAUGAUAUUCGAAAUUAGCCGGGUCCACACAGAGCGAGGCUUGUCGCGAGGCAAUGUGCUCGCAUGGCAAACGUUUAUUAUUGUGAACGUGCGAGAAAAACGGAAAUUGCCUCGCGACAUCCCUCACUGUGUGAGGACCCAGCAAAAUUUCGUACGAACGCUGAAAACGGUUUUCCUGGAAGGGGGCGCGUAACUUUUUUCUUCUAACUGAUAGUUAAGCACGGCGUCCACUAGGCUCGCCGCGUCGAAUCGCAUUCAAAAUGUAUGAGGACUAGAUUCGACGCGGCUGGAUUCCGCCUUAGUGGACGCCAGGCUUUAAUGGGCCCUUCUAGCAAAUAGGUAUGCUUAAAUCUGUGGCCUUGUCUCUUGAUUUCACCCGGGACCUGUUUUUUUGUUCGAAAUUGGAUUACCUGGUAGACAUAACUCGGUGUACACUGGUAUUUCUACGUUAGGAUGCUCUUCGGUUUAUAUUAAGUAGGUAUUUGCAAACAAAACGCGGUGUUAUAAUACAAUAAUAAGUACUAAACUCCAGCACAUGCAUCGUGUCAGUAGAAAAAGUAACUUUGAAUUUUCGAUGGGAGGUGAUCUCAUCGCACGUACAUUUUUAUUCUCUGCAUGUUUCUACUGAAUACAGUAAUUUUUAAUGACUAUAAUGAGGGAAUGCCUAGCCAUUGGAAAUAUGAGGCGCAGAAAUUGACUAUUUGUUAGUAAGAUGUAAAAACAACUUAAGUCAUUUAAAAUGAGGUAUAAAUUUGACUAAGGCAAAUGAUAUAAUAAUGAGAAAUAUUGACGAAACUUCGUGUCGAAUGUGGAAUCCGAAUAUUUUUGAAUACGUUUUAUGAAUCGAAAUUGUUAUUAUUAUAUUCUAAAUCAUACUUUAUUUUAUAACUUAUCAGUUAGCCAGCAGAAAAUUGGUGAAUCAGCUGAGUCCACACAGGGCGAGGCACGUCGCGAGGCAAUGUACUUGCGCGGCAAACGUGCCUUGGCCGAAAACAUACGUGGUGCCUCGGUCGAGGCAUAUCUACACUGAACGUUUGCCGCGCCAGCACAUUGCCUCAAGACGUGCCUUGCUCUGUGUGGACCCGGCAUCGAGCUGUCUGUUUGUGUUUAUACAAUACAGUAAAAACUAUAGAUACUUACUCGCAAAAUAUAUAACGGUUUAAGGUUCAUGACAGCUGUCUCAGUAACCAAGUUAUGUGAAGAAUAGUGCAUGUAAAACAGAAAUAUGUAGGUUUUGAAUAUGUUUCUUACUCUGAGUAUGUUUUAUUUUUUUAAUACGCGGUUAAUUUUGUACGAUACUAUAAUUUUACGAUUUGCUAUGCUUUUUUAAAUGGUUAAUAGUUAUGUAAACUAACGUAUUUUAUAUGUGCUUUAAUAUCUUGCCUGACAUAACUUAGGAAAUGAUUCUAAAGUAAUAUGACUAAUGAUUAUUAUAUGCUUUGACCAAAGUUUUUUGUGAUAAAUAUGUAUAAUGAUGUAGUUUCAAUAAUAUUUAAGUUUAAUAUUAGAAUAGAAAUCAACAUCACAAUUACUUAAUUAUUAUUGAAACCACAAAGUUAAAAGAACGAAUAAAAACCGAUGAUAA